AUGAGUGACCAGCCUAAUGGCGUUGCUCCGGAGGCGGCAGAGCGAUACGCCAUCGGUAUCUCGUUUGGAAACUCCAACAGCUCUAUAGCUCAUAUUUCUCCCGAGGGGAAAGCCCAAGUCAUCGCUAAUGAAGAGGGAGAUCGCCAUAUACCUUCCGUUUUAUCGUAUGUCGAAGCGGAAGAGUAUCAUGGAGCACAAGCCAAAGCGCAAUUAGUUCGAAGUCCAAAGAAUACUGUUGCAUAUUUUAGAGACUUUCUCGGAAAAGACUUCAAAUCCAUAGAUCCAACAGCAGCCCACGCUUCUGCUCACCCUCAACUUCACGAAUCUACCGUUGCAUUCACAGUUUGCGAUACUGCUUCCGAAGAACCCAGCAUUAUCACCGUAUCUGAGAUUACCACCCGCCAUUUAAGACGGCUGAAGCAGUCCGCGUCUGACUUUCUUGGAAAGGAUGUCAACGCUGCAGUUGUCACUGUGCCCACAGAUUUCUCUGAAGCGCAGCGUAACGAGUUGAAGAUAGCAGCAAAGAAUGCCGGCAUCGAAGUUCUGCAAUUCAUACACGAGCCGGUUGCCGCGCUGCUGGCUUAUGACGCCAGGCCUGAAACUCAAGUCAGAGAUAAGUUUGUUGUCGUUGCGGACUUUGGUGGAACAAGAUCAGACAUUGCCGUCAUCGCCUCGAGAGGCGGAAUGUAUACCAUUCUGUCUACCGUACACGAUCCAGAGCUUGGAGGUGCCCAAUUAGAUCAGAUCCUCAUCGAUCAUUUUGCUAAGGAGUUCAUUAAAAAGCACAAGGCUGAUCCGCGCGAGAACGAACGCAGUUUGGCAAAACUGAAGCUUGAAGCUGAGGUAACAAAGAAAGCCUUGAGUCUUGGAUCCAACGCGGCACUUAGCAUUGAGAGCCUGGCAAAUGGUAUUGAUUUCAGCUCUACAGUAAACAGAACAAGAUAUGAGCUGCUUUGCGGCAGAGUGUUCAACAGCUUUACGCAGCUGAUCGAGCAGGCAGUAAAAAAGGCAGACUUGGAUGUGCUUGAUAUUGAUGAGGUCAUCCUCUGCGGCGGUACCUCACACACCCCCAAGAUUGCCCGCCUUGUGCAAUCCCUCUUCCCCCCGAAAACAGCCGUCCAGUCCCCAUCCACAUCACCUACCGCCAUCAACCCCUCAGACCUAGCUGCCAGGGGUGCUGCCAUCCAGGCAUCAUUAAUAGAAGAGUUUGAAAAGGAUGACAUCGACCAGUCCACCCACCCCAUGGUGACUGCCGCCCCUCACCUCGAAAGAGCCAUUGGUGUCCAACUCGUCUCCGCCGACCAGAGUCCUGAAUCAACCUCCAUCUUCAAGCCACUCCUGAACGCCGAGACUGCCCUUCCUGCUCGCCGGGUUGCACAAUAUCCCGCGCCCAAAACUGGUGGCGACGUCCUGAUCCGUGUCUGCGAGGGCACUCGCGAUAUCAAGGUCACGAAGCCAGAACCCAAACCAAAAGCCGCGGAGCCCAAGGACGAGGAGGACUCGGACUUUGACUCCGAUGACGACAGCGACGAGGAAGAGGAGGAGAUUCGUGAGAUUGUGUGGAACAUCUCCAAGCCCAUCGCCGAGACUGCCAUCAAAGGUGUCAAGGCCAGUGGCAAGGUUGAAGUCAUGAUCAGCGUCAACGAGCACCUAGUGGUACAGAUUACUGCCAGGGAAGUUGGCGGGAAAGGAGGCGUUCGUGGCGUUGUCGAGGGUCCCAAAAAUGGAGUUACAGCUUAG